AUGAUCUGCUAUAAAGGACGUUCUCAAGUCAUCAGACUGACCGGAGAGCUGCUGGGACGCCGCUGCUGGUUUGUGAGCUCCUCGGUCGGAAAAAUAGGGAUCUUUGUAUCAACCCCUGGUAGUUGUAGUAAUCCACAAGUCCGAAAACAACAGGUAGGAUAAUUAUUUAGUCGAAUUUAGAUGUAUGAUCCCACAGCUGGGAUGUUUUUUUUGACGAUUAAAUGAUAUCAGAGCGCUGGAGACGGCCUUAGAGAUAUUUUCGGUUUUAAUAAAACGCAUUAAUGCUUUUUGUUCCUGCAUUUGAUAGAAUUGAAAAUGAUUAGACGCAUUGAACAUGUUUGAUAAAAUGUAUUUCAUGCUCAUUUUUGCACCUGUUUCGGCGCAUUCAGGACACUUUGUUCACUGCAGGAGAUCCCAUUGUCUGGAUGCUGUUGUUCAGUCACUACAGCUAAAAUAUGACAUGCAUGAUCAUCUCUGUAUGAGUCUAAACGCGAUGCUGUGAUUUUUUAAUUUUUAUUUUACAUAUAUUAUUAUCGGUGCUUUCAUCGUGUCCUCCCUCCAUCCUCAAACCCAGGGAUCAACCAUGCCUUUCGGUAACACGCACAACCAGAUGAAGCUGAAAUUCAGCUCGGAGCAGGAGUACCCGGACCUCAGCCAACACAACAAUCAUAUGGCCAAGAUCCUGACUCCUCCUAUGUACGAGCGGCUGAGGAGCAAACAGACACCCAGUGGAUUUACUCUGGAUGAUGUCAUUCAGACCGGGGUUGAUAACCCAGGUAAAAAAACCGAAGCGCCAUCUGUUCUGCCUGAUCGACCGCGUUUAAUGGCCGCAGCGGCGUUCAUGUUCCUCCGAGGAAACACCAACAGCCUUCUGCACUGUGACCUUGUCAGACAUUUAAGCUGCUGAAUCAGUUAGAAACAGUUUUCUUCAACCCGCUUUAUGGCAAAUGGUAAAGAUUACUAGGGUUACAUAAUGUAUGCGGAGCUGCAUCUGAUAAUCCACUGCAGCUUUCACUGUUUUCAUAUCAGUUACAGUCUGUAGGUUCAUGUUUCAAACUCUCCCCUUGUUUGCUGGAGUGUAGCAGGUGACUUUCCUCACCCUGUAGACUGUGUUUCUGUUUAGCUCUGAGAGUAUGGCCAGUCUGAAGCUGAAGAGCCUGUCAGCUGAGGAUGAGUUCCCAGAUCUCAGUCAGCACCACAACCACAUGGCCAAGUUCUUAACCCUGGACAUGUACAAGAAGCUGAGAGAGCGGGCUACACCCAACGGCUUCACCGUAGAUGGUGUCAUUCAGACAGGGGUUGAUAAUCCUGGUACAGUCCCAUCCAAAGACCUGACGACACUCUGCACAUUCAGUUAGAGAGGAUGUUGCUCUGGGCCCUCCACUGUCUCCCAUGUGACUGUGUUUUCUUUGUGUACAGGCCACCCCUUCAUCAUGACUGUGGGCUGUGUCGCCGGAGACGAGGAGACAUACGAGGUCUUCAAAGAGCUGCUGGACCCCGUGAUCGAGGACAGACAUGGAGGAUACAAACCAUCAGACAAGCACAAGACUGACCUCAAUGCAGGCAACCUGAAGGUGCAGCAGCCCUGAGUCUGUCCUCCUGAUUCUGGGGCAGUUUGUUCAAGUGUUUCAUUGAUGUCUGCUUUAUUAAACUAACAAGUGUGCUGCUUCUCAUUUAAGGGCGGCGACGACCUCGACCCCAACUAUGUCCUGAGCUCCCGUGUCAGAACAGGCCGCAGCGUCCGCGGCUUCUGCCUGCCUCCUCACUGCAGCCGAGGAGAGAGGCGCGCUGUGGAGAAGCUCUCCGUUGAAGGUGAAGAGGCCUCUUGAACCCUUUUUUGUUUAAUUGAGGCACAUUAUUUCAGACAGUGCUGGUUCUCUGCUUCUGUGUGGUCUGCAGCUCACUGCACAGAGAUCAGGCUGCAGAUGAGGGAUUCUGUUUUGUAAACCAAGUGUAGGAGGAUGCCAUUUAAAACACAGUGAAUCUCCAUGAAAACACAAUGAGCCUGCUUUGUCUCACUUGUGUGGCAGUGGGGGCCCUCUAGUGGUGGUUUGAGGAAUAACAGAUUAUCACACACUGUAAACAAAGAGGUCAUCUUAAACUGGCUCCCUGUUAUCCAAUGUAGAAUAAUCCAAAAUGGCUGCAUCCAGCAUUUAAAUCAUCUUAAAUUUUAUCUUCUGCCCGCAGCUCUGGCCGCCCUGAGCGGAGACCUGAAGGGGAAAUACUACGCCCUGAAGAACAUGACAGAUGCUGAGCAGCAGCAGCUCAUCGACGACCACUUCCUCUUUGACAAGCCGGUGUCUCCUCUGCUGCUGGCCUCAGGGAUGGCCCGGGACUGGCCUGAUGCCAGGGGCAUCUGGUGAGAAUUUUAUCUCCUGUGUUGUAAGAUUUAAUUUUUGUAAAAUCCAAGAACUUUCUAAACUUGUUUUCUGUCCAAAGGCACAACGAUAACAAGACAUUCCUGGUGUGGGUGAAUGAGGAGGACCACCUGCGUGUUAUCUCCAUGCAGAAGGGCGGCAACAUGAAGGAAGUCUUCAACCGUUUCUGCACUGGACUCACCAAGGUCGUCGGAAACAAAUUACAUCUACAUUUUAUAUCUCCUUGUGUCACCAAUAUAAAGACUUGCUGAAUGUGGUUCUCUUGUGUUCUAGAUUGAGAACCUGUUCAAGGAGAGGGGCCACGCUUUCAUGUGGAACGAGCACCUGGGCUACGUCCUGACCUGCCCCUCUAACCUGGGCACCGGCCUGCGCGCAGGUGUGCACGUGAAGCUUCCCAAAAUGAGCAAGCACCCCAAGUUUGAGGAUAUUCUCAAGAAGCUGAGGCUGCAGAAACGUGGAACCGGUAAUGUGGACGUUACUGUCGACUCUCCUAACACGAAUCUGAAGUGGUUUCAAAUGUGUGUUGACUGACUCUUGUCAUGUUGUCAUCAGGUGGCGUGGACACAGCCGCUGUGGGCGGAGUGUUUGACAUCUCUAAUGCUGACAGACUCGGCUUCUCUGAGGUGGAGCUGGUGCAGAUGGUGGUGGAUGGCAUCAAGCUGCUGGUCGACAUGGAGAAGAGGCUGGAGAAGGGCCAGUCCAUUGACGACAUCAUGCCCUCCCAGAAGUAAAGCGUUUCAACGCCUCCCCCCCCUUUCCUCUUUCCCCUUUUCUCCCUUCGCAAGUACCACCCCCCUUCCCUUCCCUCUGUCUGAAUGAAUGUUCGACUCUGUCCUGGAAUGCACUCUGUAUUACAGUUUGGAUUUGUUUCUGUAUUUAAGACAAAACGGCUCCUGUAUGACAAGGAAGAAUCUGAAAUAAACAAUGUUCUGGUUCAUGAUCUUUGCAGCUUCACUCUGGAUGUAUUUCAAACACUGACGGCACCACAGGUCCUGUUUCACUCAGCUGGGACUGAAUAUUAAACCCAGUGGUGGAAGACAUUUAAAGAACCGGAUUCCCUACAUGUACAUAUACAAGUUGAACAGACACUCGACCCUGAUUCAAACUUAUUUUUAGAGAUUUGCAGACAUGAAAUUAUGACUUUUAAAUGCACAAUUUAAAUGGUGUGUUCAGAAAGACGCGGUUUAAAUUGCAUCAUGGGAGUCACAGGAUGCAAAGUUCAAGUUUGGCUCAAACCGGAGAUGAAAGGAUUCUGCAUCUACUGAUAAACGUGUCUCCACAGCUGUUAAACAAACUAAAGGGUUACUACAGCAUCAGUCACCACACACACAAAGCAGGUCGACCUGUUGUGCAGCCUUUCAUUUGUGUCUGAUUGUGAAUGAAAUGGACUCUGCACUACAUGUUAUUGGAGAAAACUUGUUAAUACAAUUGAGAGGACUACACUUCUUGACUUCUGUUUACUAUGUCACAUCCACUCUGACUCGACACCGCCCCUGCUGUUUAUUCACAGCAUUUGAGGGCGUGCAGUAGGACCUGACAGAUAUGGAUUUUUUGGGGCUGAUGCUGAUACCGAUUAUUAGGGGGGGAAAAAAUCCGAUUAACGAUUAAUUGGCUGAUUUAAAAAAUUUUUGAAGUUAUAAAAAUACAUAUAUACUAUAGAUAUAUUGUAGGCUACAGCUCUUACUGCCUCAGUCAGAGAAGUAGCUCGAUCACUAAUGUGUACUGUUGUUUAUUCUACCGUUACUGGCACGGCUAACAGUGUAGCAAGGCUAAUAGCAGGUGGCUUACUCUAACGUUAGCUUGCAUAUUGCAUGGUGCUUCACCGUUAACUCGGCGUGACCGAGACCAGCACAGCGGGGAACAUGGUGAAGUGGGUUGAACUGAAACUUGUUGACUUAUUGUUUAUUUCACAAACUGGUUUAUUUACCGUUGAGGCGGACCACUCUCCUCCGUGCGUCCCUGAGCCGCCUACUUCCGAUCCGUCACUCUGCUGUGAGUAGAUGAUCGUCAUGAGGUCGCUGCGCCAUCUACAGGAUAAGUUGGGGAACUUUUCAAAUGGCGGAACAUUUUCGAAGUGAAACCGAAUCUUAUUCUGCCCUAGCGUGCAGCCAUCAUGUAUCCCCAUGUGUAGUUAUCAGCCUCCAUGUUUCCCUUUUAAAACGUCUCUGCGACACUCAACAAACAUUCAAAAAUACUGGAAUAAAACAUCAAACAA